AAAUUGUUUUUGGAGCAGUGGAUAACUGAGUGGGAGAGGGCUUGGCACUGGGCGGAUGGAGUCCCCUUCUUGGAAGCAGUUCCCAGAGUGAGGAUUCCCAAACUGCAGGCUGGGGCAUUGCCCUCCACAGCGGGGCUGGGUAGAGCAUCCCAGUGCCUGCGUGAGGUCGCAUAAUCCCGGGCCCAGUCAGCUUUUCCAAAGUGAGCACCUGUGUGACUCAGGGCACCAUGUGCCCCUGCCAGCGACAGUGUCUCCUGAACACCAUUGCAGCUUACAUCCUUCCACCAGGGAUUGGCUCUCUGUUUUCUAGCUUUAUGUAAAUGGAGUCGUACAAUAUGAGCUCUUUUGUGCCUGGUUGGUUUUGCUCAGCACUUCGUCUGUUGUGAGGUCCACCUGCGCUUUUGUGUGUGGCAGUUUUUUUUCUGUGCACUAUUGUUUGCGUGUCUUCUGUUGCUAGAUAUUUAGGGUGUAAGAAUAUUGCUAAGAACACUCUAGCUACAGACUUCUGCAGGGUAGGCUUGCAGUUUCUCCAGCAACCUAAUUCCCUUGAAAAUAUCAUCACUGUUGGGGCUGCUUGCUGCCAGUGCAUCCCAUGUCACAGCUCUGGUUUUUGUUUUUGUUUUUUAUUUUUUGAGAUGGAGUCUCACUUUGUCACCCAAGCUGAAGUACAGUGUUGUGAUCUCUGCUUACUGCAACCUCCGCCUCCCAGGUUCAAGUGAUUCUCCUGUCUCAGCCUCCCAAGUAGCUGGGAUUACAGGUGUGUGCCACCGCCUGGAUAAUUUUUAUAUUUUUAGUAGAGAUGAGGUUUCACCAUAGCCAGGCUUGUCUCGAACUCCUGACCUCAAGUGAUCCGCCCGCCUUAGCUUCCCAAAGUGUUGGGAUUACAGGCAUGAGCCACUGCACCUGGUGCAGCUCUGGUUUUUAAACCAGCAGAUCCUCCAGUUUUAUUUACUGGCUUCUGCACUGGGCUGAUCCCCCUCUCUCAUUAUAUUGGCAGUGGCCUUGAGGUACUGGAAACAGUAGUGGAUGGGAAGGCAACAUUACCGAUCUUCGCAGUGGCCCGGCUCGCACUGCCCAUCAAGAACCCCAAAGAGAAGGCUCCUGAGGCGAGAGAGUCAGCUUUCUCAUCCUGAGAGCCACAUUAAUGGGUCCUCAGUGCAUAAGCAGAAUACAUAUGGAAAUUAAAAAGCAAAUACAUGGCCAGGUGUGGUGGCUCACCCCUGUAACCCCAGCACUUUGGGAGGCCAAGGGGGGUGGACCGCUUGAGGCCAGGAGUUCGAGACCAGCCUUGCCAGUAUGGAGAAGCCCCAUCUCUACUAAAAAUACACAAGAAUUGCUUGAACCCAGGAGGUGGAGGUUGCAGUGAGCUGAGAUCGCGCCACCAUGCAAUCAGCCUGUGCGAGAGAGCAAGACUGUAUCUUUAAAAAAAAAAAAAAAAAAAAAAAAAAAGGCGGGGCGCAGUUGCUCAUGCCUGUAAGCACUUUAGGAGGCCGAGGUGGGCGGAUCACCUGAGGUUGGGAGUUUGAGACCAGCCUGACCAACAUGGAGAAACCCCAUCUCUACUAAAAAUACAAAAUUAGCUGGGUGUGGUGGCGCAUGCUUAUAAUCCCAGCUACUUGGCAGGCUGAGGCAGGAGAAUCACUUGAACCUGGGAGCUGGAGAUUGCGGUGAGCCGAGAUUGCGCCAUUGCACUCCAGCCUGGGCAAUAAGAGCAAAACUCCAUCUCAAAAAAAAAAAAAAAGAAAAUACAAAUGCUCGGCCGAGCAUGGUGGCUCAUGCCUGUAAUCCCAGCACUUUGGGAGGCCAAGGUGGGCGGAUCACAAGGUCAGGAGAUCGAGACCAUCCUGGCUAACGGUGAAACCCCGUCUCUACUAAAAAUACAAAAAAAUUAGCCGGGCGUGGUAGCGGAUGCCUGUAGUCCCAGCUACUCGGCAGGAGAAUGGCAUGAACCCAGGAGGCAGAGCUUGCAGUGAGCUGAGAUGGCCCCACUGCACACCAGCCUGGGCAACAGAGCGAGACUCUGUCUCACAAAAAAAAAGACAAAUCCUCAGACUUGAGGCUGGUAAAGUGCAGGCGCCAAGAAAGAUACUUUCUCUCAAAGCAGUCACCGUUCCUUUGGUCUCUGCUUUCAGAGAGUGGAUUCUGGCUUCCUCUCUUUCCAUGGCAGAGCGUCAGAUAUCAUUGUUUCGCUAUAACGUCUAUGAGGGAUAAAGUGAUUCCUGGCUGGGAGCACCAUGUGUGGAGUGUGCACAUUCUCCCCACGGCCGCCUGCUUUCCUCCACAUCCCAAAGGUGUGUCCAUUAGGUGAUCGGGGUGUCUCCUUGGUCCCAGCAUGAGCGAGUUUGGGUGUGUGAGUUGCCCUGCGGUGGGACCCUGUCCUAUCCAGGGCUGGCUCUCACCUCACACCCUGAGCUGCCAGGAUAGGCUCCAGCUACCCAGGACCCUGCAUUAAAAUAAGUGGGUAAAUAAUUAUCUUUUCUUAAUUUUUCUUUUUAUGGGAGAUUUUCCAGUAAAAACUGAGAAACCUGCUAGACAUUCUAAAAGAGCUGUAGCAAGCACUGUUAAUCUUUCUUUAAGAUUCUAAUGUAGGAACUGGUGAGAAGAAGGUGACUGAAGCCUGGAUUUCUGAGGAUGAAAGCUCACAUAGGACGACGUCAGACAAACUCACAGUGAUGGAGCUCCCCUCCCCCGAGUCUGAGGAAGUCCAUGAGCCCAGAUUAGGGGAGCUCUUGGGAAAUCCAGAAGGUCAGAGCCUGGGGAGUUCCCCCCCUCAGGACAGGGGCUGCAAGCAGGUGACAGUGACCCAUUGGAAGAUCCAGACAGGAAAGACAGCUCAAGUGUGCACCAAGUCAGGAAGAAACCGUAUUCUGAACUCAGACCUUCUUCUGCUUCAGAGAGAGCUCAUAGAGAGGGAAGCCAAUCCUUGCGAUAUCUGUGGCAAAACGUUCACGUUUAAUUCGGACCUAGUUAGGCAUCAGAUUUCGCAUGCUGGGGAGAAACCUUACACGUGCGAUCAGUGUGGGAAAGGCUUUGGCCAGAGCUCACACCUUAUGGAGCAUCAGAGAAUUCACACUGGAGAGAGACUCUACGUCUGUAAUGUGUGUGGGAAAGACUUCAUUCACUAUGCAGGUCUCAUUGAACAUCAGCGCGUUCAUUCAGGAGAAAAGCCCUUCAAAUGUGCGCAGUGUGGGAAGGCAUUUUGUCACAGUUCAGACCUGAUUAGGCACCAGAGAGUUCACACCAGAGAGAGACCUUUUGAAUGCAAAGAGUGUGGAAAAGGCUUCAGUCAGAGCUCCUUACUUAUUCGUCAUCAGAGGAUUCACACGGGAGAAAGGCCCUAUGAGUGCAAUGAAUGUGGGAAAUCCUUCAUAAGGAGCUCGAGCCUCAUUCGCCAUUAUCAGAUCCACACAGAAGUGAAACAGUAUGAAUGCAAAGAAUGUGGGAAGGCAUUCCGUCAUCGCUCAGACCUUAUUGAGCACCAGAGAAUUCACACCGGAGAGAGACCCUUUGAAUGCAAUGAGUGUGGGAAAGCCUUUAUUCGGAGUUCAAAGCUCAUUCAGCAUCAGAGGAUCCAUACUGGGGAGAGGCCUUAUGUAUGCAAUGAGUGUGGGAAGCGCUUCAGCCAGACGUCAAACUUCACCCAGCAUCAGAGAAUUCACACUGGAGAGAAACUCUAUGAAUGUAACGAGUGUGGGAAAGCUUUCUUUCUGAGUUCAUACCUUAUUCGACACCAGAAAAUCCACACUGGAGAGAGAGUGUAUGAAUGUAAGGAAUGUGGGAAAGCGUUUCUCCAGAAAGCCCAUCUCACUGAGCACCAGAAGAUCCACUCUGGGGACAGGCCCUUCGAAUGUAAAGACUGUGGGAAAGCCUUCAUCCAGAGCUCCAAGCUGCUUCUGCACCAGAUUAUUCACACUGGAGAAAAGCCCUAUGUGUGCAGUUAUUGUGGGAAAGGCUUUAUUCAGAGGUCAAACUUCCUUCAACACCAGAAAAUUCAUACUGAAGAGAAGCUCUAUGAACGUAGUCAGUAUGGGAGAGAUUUUAACUCAACUACAAACUUUAAAAAUAAUCAAAGUGUUCACCAAGAGGGACUCUCCUUGAGUAAGGCCCCCAUACAUUUGGGUGAGAGGUCUGUAGAUAAGGGGGAACACACAGAUAACUUAUAAAAUAAUUAUUCUCCUGCCCAAUGAGUGAAGUUUGGAAAUGCGUGGAAUUAGGAUUCACGUGGUUUCUGAGAUUUGGACAUGUCAGAAUUUUGUGAGUCAUGGAUGGGGCUGCUUUUGGAGUGGGUGCCACCUGCCACUGUGCAGCACUACGAGGCUCAGCCCUUCUCUUCAGCUGUGAGCACGGUCCUCAGGAGAGUCAAGGGCUUGACACCUGACUCUGAGCUGGAACAGUAGGGGCAGGGAGAAGACAGGUCUCAAGAAAAGGUUUUUAAAAAAUUUUAUCCCCAGUUAAACAGUCCAUCCUUGAGUUAAAUCCCUUUUAGAGCAGAACUGUGUAUCUAAUCUUAUUACUUAGGAGAAUGUUACCUAGGACAUUUUGAUCUGUUAAGUUGAAGAAAGGUAACUCGUAUACAAACCCUGAGCCAUUUCCCUGUUGUCCUGAGGAGGAACUCCAGGCCUCCCAUCGUGUGCCCUAAGGUCUCCUGCGUCCUGGAGCCUCGCCUCCCGCUGCCUGACUUCCUGCCACACAGUUAAUGCUGCAGCAACACCGACUGCUUCAUCUUACCUGUGCUCCAUGUGGCUUCCUACCUCUCUCGCCUUUGUUCUUGUUGAAGGGUCUCUUCUCAGCUAAUUAACUCUGAAUCAUGGUUCAAGACAUGCCUCAGGCAUCAUAUCAAGGGAUGUUUCCCUCAGGCUCAGUUGGCAGCUCUCCACACUUCUGUAGCUCGGUGAUUACUGCUAUUACUGUAUUUACUUGCGUAUGUGAGAAUGACUCGAUAGACUGUCUCUGUCAUUAUGCUCUUGAGUUCCUUAGGACAGUGAUCAUGUCUGAUUGAUUUCCAUGUGUCCACUGUCUAGCACAGGGCAAUAAAAAAUACACCCCUAAA